AGUCAGGUCACCUUCAACAAUAUAGUCUUCGGAGAACGCAUUUACUCAACUAUAUUUUUAUAUCGAUUAUUUCACCAGCUGAAUUAACUAGACCAUGAAAGACUCCCCCUUUCAGAAAUAUCGAUUAUUUCACCCAGUGAGCGACCACCAUAGCAUUCUGUCUGCGAUGACAGUUCUGACUCGUUCGUGAAAUAGAAUUUCCUUCGACGUUUAUGUAUGUCAACCAAACCAAAAAACGUAAACGGAAAAACAGCUACGCCAAGAAUCCAGACAAAACCAAAAAGGCCGACUGCGGAUAAGAAACCCGAAUCCGUUCGAAAUGUCGAGGAAAAAACCGUCGAAAAAAAAAUCAGAAAUGAAAAAAAUAAAGUUCAGUCGCAAGCUUCAAAAGAAGAAAAAGAAAAGAAGAAAACAACUGGGCUGAUAGCCAAAGAUACCAAACACUCAGCGAGGAAACCCCAAUCAGUAAAAUCCAAGAGUAGUAUUUCUAGCGAUCGCACAACAGCAUCCCAAAACUCCAGGAUAGUCAAAACCCAAUAUUUUCCCAGCAAGAACAACUACGCUGAGAUGCUCCAACAUUUGAACAAAUACGAGAAGGGAUCUGGCGAUGGGAAUAAGAAAAGAGCUCACGUCGUAAAGAAAACAUUGCCAACCACCAAACCAGGAGUACUCAGCCGAGAAGAAUCCUCAGAGUCCAUCUCAACCUCGGAAAGACCAAGAACAUCGACUCUAAGGAAAGGGAGUAUAGUGAAUGAGAACAUAGCGGGACCCGAGGUACCCAAAAUACUAACUCCUAUCAUUCCUCCAGAGCAACCUACGAAUGAAGAAGCUGAAGAUGAUGCAGAAUACGAAGAUGACUUCGACUCGUACGAGUCUGACUUCGAGAACGUCAGCAGCUCUGACUCAACAAUUCACAACAUUUCCGAAAUAUCAACAGAGAGUACAUCAUCGUUUUCGAGCGAUGGACAACCAUCCAACCAAGCGACACCUUCAUCAGGAAAGGAUCUGGAGAGGAAGCUGGAUUCCGGGAAUUUCGACCUGAAGGAGGAAAAGAAGAAACAGGAGUUCUCCAACUUGCAAGACCUCGUCGAGAAAGACAACAUGAGACUGAGAAGACCAGAGAGCAACAUCAGAAGCAAUUUCACAUCCCUUUCAGAUGAAGGCUUCGAGGAGGCUAAAUCUCUUCAGUUCCUGAAUUUCGUGAGCGCUAAGAAGAGGAACGAGAGGAGGAGGAGUUUGGAGAUUCGCAAAAAACGUGGCGAAGAACUCUUGAACAUGAUCAAGUUGGACUGCGUUAGUUUCACAGUUUUCGAUACGCCGCCAGUGCCUUAUGAAGAAUUCAUCGAGAGAUACGGCAACGUCAACAGUAUGCAGAUUGGGGUGCAGACAGGGGAGGAGAACGUCGAAGACGAGGUCCAAACAGAUACCAUAGAAACCUGCGAGAAAUGGGUGCAGAUGCCACCGCAUGUUUCCAAGGAUUCUCCCUAUAGUUACAAGUUCGAGAGACUUGGUGUUGGUCCUUCAUUAGACCAAAUGCAGGAAGAAAAGGCUCAGGUUGAACCCCAGUUCAACGAGUACAGACUGGAGAAGUUCCUGUCGAACACCGGUGGACUGAUCUUGGAUAUCUUGAAAGAGAGAGAAUUUAGAUCGGGUUCUACGACCAGAAAAAAAUCUGGAAAUAAGUUCAGCGAAACUACUGUUCUCUUCAAGCCACCUUCUGAGUUUUCUGGGAGGAGAAAAAUAAGUCAUGUAGUAUCUAAUCCGAAGAAUCCCUCUCAGUUCUUGUCGGUUCAUGUUGGCGAGGAUGCUGCUGAUCUUUCUAAGAGUUUUGUGUAUGUGUGGAACAUAAACGAUGCCUUGCCUGAGAUUUACAUGGCUUGCUAUGGGAAGAUAACGAGUUGUUGUUUCGGAAAGGUUACGGGUACUGUUUUUGCCGGUCUUCAAAAUGGGUCAUUGGUGAUUUGGGAAACCUCAGAAAAUAAGGCGUUGGUGAGGAAUAUUUGUCCAAUGAUUGAAGGAGAUGUUUACCUCCAAUCUCCUACAUUUGUGACUGAUAUCGAGAAAAGUCAUUGUUGUUGCGUUGUAGCUAUAAGUUGUGUAAUGGAAACGAAUGUCCUAGACAUAUUUAAUGAGGAAGAAUCAACGUGGAAAAUUUUCAGUUUAGAUCAGGAAGGUACUAUUGUGAUAUGGAAUGUUAUGGCAAAGCAAAAGUUGGAUGUCAGACAUAACGGUGGAAUUGCCUACUGGGGCGGAAUAAUAAUGAUGAAAAAUUUCGCAGUCAGUUUGAAAGACUUUUUAAUCGAUAAGGACGAACUUUUAUGCAGUGAUAUGUUUGUUCAUAGUGCGGAUUCGGGAUCUAUAUUCAUUGCAACAAACUACGGCAGUAUAUUGCAAUGCGAAUUGAAUAAAGAAAAAACUCACGUGAAGAUACAUACAUCAGAUAUAUCCUCACCCGUAAAGUGCCUUGUUCCAUGUCCAUUUUCGGAUGAAUAUUUUUUAGCCGGUAUGGAGAACGGAAACAUUCUCUUGUAUUCUAGCAAUAACCCGAAACCUUUAAUGAUCGUAACCAACAAGGAAAGUAAAAAAGUUGAUGAUUCAAUCGAAGAGAUUCAGUGGUCCUUGGAGAAACCUUGUAUAUUUUACACCAAGAACUCCAGUAACAUUAUCGACACCUGGGACCUGAGCAGAAGUAGUAUGUUCCCCAUAGAAUCAUCGAAUUUCGAACAGGAAAUAACUUGUAUGAGAUUAUCUACUAACAAACUGGAAAAAGCAUACAUGAUAACCUCUACAGACACCUCUAUCAGCGUGCAUUUUCUGAACCAAGAGCAUAAAAAAGAAAGCGAAGAACAACAUAAAAAAGAGACUAAAACUUUUUUAUCAUGUGUAAGCAGGUUAUGAGAAGGAGUUAUGGGAAGGUAAUAAUGGAAUCAAAAGAGGAUGUUUUAUUAAAGAAUAAAAUCGAUUUUCUAAAGAG